GCCUCCACCGAGCCGUUCGAGGACGGGCAUCACGGACAUUUGAUAUAGUUCUUGGCUGCCUGCUUCUCUCUCACCCUUGCGACCACAUGCCAUUCCAUCAGUAUCGUCCUUAGCCCCCGAUGCCGUCAGGAACGCGUCCGGAGGGCAAGAGCCCGCAUAUAAAGCAGCUUCUCGCCCCCUAGAAUGCAUAUUUCUGCGCUCACAGGACCAGGUUCUCUUCCUGCUCCGUGUUUGUUGAACACACUCCGCACGCGAUGAUAUCCGUCAAAGCUGUCGCUCUAGCGUGUUGGCUCGUUGUAGCUGCGGCGAAGGCGGAUCCGUGCGCAGUUAUUGGUGGACAAAAGUGGGUUGCACCGUCGGACGUGAGAGCGUGCUUUACUUCGUUCAAGGUAGACCCGGCGGUCAAGUCUAACAUCAUCGAAGUAGUCAACAAGACGUUAGCGCUCCAUACCUCAGUCAAUUACCAGAUCAGGGCGCCCGAGCCAUUCACCCAGUACGUGCAUGAAGACCUCCUGGUCGAUCUGGCGCGGAUCAGCCAGCAACCCUACUUCAACGAUCUCGACCUCCACAUCGACCUUUCCAGGACUUUGAAGAGGCUCAACGACGGCCACUGCGUGUACAUCAACAGCUGCUACGACUCUCUCUUCUUGACGUUCCUUCCGACUCCUCUCGUGCUGUUGACGGAUUCAAACGGACAACAGGCUGUUCACAUUGCGCCAGAGGCUUUCGACGUCGCGACCGCCGCGUUUGGAUCUGAAAUCUCAUUCUGGCAGGAUGCGUUACCGGGCGCACUGAAAGGCAACUUGAAAUCGCUCUCGGGUGCGAAAGUCCUGAAGAUCAACGGCCAAGAUCCCUUCGUUGCCGUGAAUGCUAACGCCGCGAUCACAGGCAGUUUCCAGGGCUUCGGAACACGACAAAACGCAUUUUUCUCUAGCUAUCAGCGCGCGUCCUCGGGAUGGAACUAUGUGUUCGGCAACUUUGCGCAGCAGUCGCUGCCAUUGAUCGACCAGGUGAUUCUGACCAUCCAACGAGUCAAUAGCACGACGAUCGACACAGUUACCAUCCCAUAUCGUUCUCAAUUCGGAACUGCUAGCAAGAACUUCACAGACAGCGCCUCCUUCCGCGCCAAGAAUUGUGUUGCUGUUGCCGGCACAAACGGAGUCGACCUGUACGCAAACGCAGCGCCUCAGACUGCUGCAGAUGACUCCUUCAGUCCUGACCGACCACUCGCAAAGUUCCAACAACAGCCUGUCAAAGUUAUAGCCCAAGUUGCUCGCAAGAAUCCCAUCAAUGUUCUCCUCGACGUUACCCAGCCUGCUGACGUUGCGCUUCCCCCGGCGCUUAUCCCGUCGGGCACCCCGCUUCCUGGCAGCAGCAGCGUUGCGCAGUUCUAUAUUCUUCCAGGAAAUACGACGGGCGUGCUGGCCUUGGGGAGCUUUUCCGAUGCCAGUUUCGAUACGUUCUUGCGAAAUAUGCUGACAGGGUUGCAGAACUUGAAGAGCUCGGGUGCGACUCAACUGAUUGUCGAUGUGACCAAUAAUGGAGGAGGCUUUAUCUGCGCUGCCCAUUGGUUGCACCGUAUAAUUGUUGGCCCUAAGUCGACAUCCGUCCCACAAGCCGGCCUCGACACCAAAGCGCGGGCGGGGCCUCUUGCGCAGUUGAUCGUCAAGGCCAUCGCCGACGGCAAUGACCCGGACGAGGUGACGCUGUACAACUCGGUCAACUGGCGCUUCGCCAAUGGGACGGACUUCCCCGAAGAUUACGACUGGCUUCAGCCCCCAGUGACGACUGUUAUCAAUGGCCAUCAAGACGCCUUCAGCCAGAGGCUGGGUCAGGAAUGCCAGCCCUUCGACAUAGAUCCACCCACGGAAGCGCUGUUCGAUCCGAAAAAUGUAGUGAUCGUCUCAAACGGAAGAUGCGCGAGCUCGUGUUCGCUAUUUAGUGUCACGAUGUCCAAACAGGAAGGCUCGAAGACCGUGGUCGUCGGUGGGCAGAAGAGCGUGCAGCAACAAUACUGCGGCACCGUCGGUGGUCAGUCGAGUGAUUACUCGACGAUGGAUAACGAUAUCAAGAGCAUGAAGCUGAAAAAUAGCACCUUCGCCCCGCCCGAUUUCGUCACCAAUAGUGUUCAAGGCAUCACCUGGCGGCUUGGCUUCGGUAUCGACAACACGGAAGAGCCCGAAGAAUGGCAAGACCACCCCGCAGAUGUGAACUUUCCACUGACCGCGGACAUUGUCAAUAAUCCAAAUGCCAUUUGGCAGGCGGUGGCCAAGGCCGUGUUCUUAUGAGCGCGCAUUCGCAUGAAUUUGGGCUCUCUGGGUUAGAGUUUACGUGGUUUGUGUAUCUAUCAUUUUCUGAGCGUGCUUGCUGCCUCGGGAGCUUGUUUUUGUCGUUCGGCAUGGCUAUGCGAUAAAUACAGCUCGAUUCGCGAUGGUUCAACUGG